AUGAUGACGAGAUCGGUGUCUUCUCGGGCUCGUGUGAUGACGAGACCGCUCAAUUUCGUAUAUGAUGACGAGAUCGGUGUCUUUCGGGCUCGUGUGAUGACGAGACCGCUUCGAUUUCGGAUGGACGAAACCGGUUGGGGUUGCGCUUCGGCAACACUUGUUUUCUCGGGAUCGUGCUUCGACGAAACCGGUUGGGGUUGCGCUUCGGCAACACUUGUUUUCUCGGGAUCGUGCUUCGACGAAACCGGUUGGGGUCGCGCUUCGGCAACACUUGUUUUCUCGGGAUCGUGCUUCGACGAAACCGGUUGGGGUUGCGCUUCGGCAACACUUGUUUUCUCGGGAUCGUGCUUCGACGAAACCGGUUGGGGUUGCGCUUCGGCAACACUUGUUUUCUCGGGAUCGUGCUUCGACGAAACCGGUUGGUUUUAUCGGGCUCGUGUGAUGACGAGUAGGGGGCUCGUGUGA